AAUCAACUAGCUCUUUCUAAUUCUCUCUAGAGUAUCCAACAGAUCAGGAGUUAGUUUUUGCCUUUGACUCUACGUGAUCUUGGUGCAGUUUAACUCCUUAAAAUCUGCUCUUCUUGGGUGGACACAAAAAGUUUUUAGACAGGACUGUCUGUUUUUUCCUGCUAUAGUUGUACUUGUCAGUGACUGCAAAAUGGUAGCUUCACGUGGUUGGUUUCUGGGGCUUUUCAUUGCCCUGUUUAGCACUGGAGCAUUUAAGGAUUCUGUGCAGGCUGAAGAAGGGCUGCAAACUGAGGUAGCCAAGGAACUGGGGGGUCUGGACAUUACUGAAGUUGUGGAAGAGGAUGCAGCUAAUGAUGAGGAGGUUGGAAACACAUCUGAGGAAGUGGCUGAUGACACAGGAGAGGAUGAAGGAGGAGAUGUGGAGGCAGAGGAAGAGGAUGAUGGAGAGGAAUGGGCAGCUCCUGCUGGUGACAUAGAGGUAGGGGUGUCUGAGGAAGUGAAAGUGGUGGAGGAAAAUACUGAAGAGGAGGAAGGAGCAGCAGAGGAAGAAGAGGAGGAGGAAGUAGCACAGAAAGUUAAGGAAACAGAAGGAGCCAUAGAUGAAGAGGAGGAUGAGGAGGAAGUAGCAGAGAAUGAGGAGGAAACUGAAGGAGCCACAGAUGAAGAGGAGGAGGAGGAGGAGGAGGAAGUAGCAGUGAACGACGAGGAAACGGAAGGAGCCGCAGAUGAAGAGGAGGAGGAUGUAGCAGAGAACGACGAGGAAAAAGAAGGAGCCUCAGAUAAAGAGCAGGAGGAAGAAGUAACUGAGGAGGAAGAGGAAACAGCAGCAGAUGAAGAGGAGGACACAAAGGAAGAGCAGGAGCAGACAGAAGCAGCACAACAGAAAGAGGAGGAAGAAGCAGCAGAGGAGGUGUUGGAGAGAGCACCAAUUGAGGAAGAGGAAGAGGUAGAAGUGUUUGAUGAUGAUGAGGAUGAAGAUAAUGUGGAUUCUGAUGAGGAAGAUGAGGAAGCAGAACAAUCAGAGGGUGUUGAAGAACUGGCUGAGGAAAAACAGGAGGCUAGUGAGACUGAGAAAGCUGAAGAGUCUGUAAAUUGUACCACUGGGGAUGACACUGAAGAUGCUGAGGAGGUAAAUGUAGAGGAGGAAGAAGUGCCCCCCACAGAAGAUGCAGAGUACAGUUCAGGCUCUUUCUGUAAACUUUGCUCGGUCUGUGAGCACUGCAGUAGCUGUGACAAAUGUCCCUGUGAGGAAGGAGACACAUCAGCACACUGCAAACACUGUGAACAUUGUUCCUACUGCUACAUUUGUCCUGUUAUCUGUGAGACAGUCUGCCAGCCAGGAGGGAUUCUUGACAUAGUGAGUGGUUCUAUCUACCAGACUGUAAGCACAUUACUCUGAAUACUCUUCACUUGCGGUGAACAGCGAAACUACAGACUAGCGGUCAAUCCAUACACUUGUAGGCCUACUGGAAGUUCGGUCAGCAAGAUCUAGGAAUUUUUGCUUUGUGUCCAACUAUGGGAGCGAAUUUGGACAACCUAAUCCUAGAUAUAACUGGGGAACUUACUCCAAGGACCUUAAUGUUUACCAUUAACAGGCACAUAAUUGUGACUUCACAGACUGCAUUAAAUAAAUAAAAACAAAUUCUGAAGGUUCAGUGCAAAGGUUCUUAUAGCCUACAGUAGUAAUUAUUGUCAUUUAUAAUAGAGAUCUAUGUUUACAGACCAAUGAUAUGAAACAACAAUAUAGAAAUACAAAAAAACAUUCAGAUCAAUCCUAAUUGUAAAGAAUUUGUGUCAAUGCUGUCUGUAACUGGAUACUCAUGCUGGUUUCAGAUUAAGCAAUUCAAAUAAAUAAAUGGGUAUAAUUUUUAAGUGUAUGUC